AGCCUAGGGCCGUUGUGGGCAAGUAUUAUUGUACAAGUCUUGAAGGAACUCAGAUCGACAUGUUCUCAUCUCUUUAGCUUUGUUGGGCUAUCCUUGCCUUGAGGUAUCAGCAUUUCAAGACACGCCGAAGAUCUCUCGGGCCUCAUCCAUUGACGUCUUUCUCUUUCAGAUGUAAAGUUUCUUGGAUCGCUGUUGCUGAUUAGCUAUCAAAUAUUCAGAUGUUCGUUCAUGCAAAAACACCCAUGAUCUUGCAUCGGAAUGCCUGCUUGAUGGUGACAGUCAAAUAAUACAAGGGCGACCUUGUGAGCACAGCCACUAUUGUUCGACCCAUUAAUUGUUUGGAAAACUUCCUCCAGCCUGGAUUGUGAAGUCUCCGAGAGAUAUUUAACAAAUCUAUCCCUUGUGUCCAUUCGCCAGCUCCUACUACCCCAUGUCUUCGUCAAUCGACCACACCGGAUGUCGCGACCGUGCAUCUCUCGAGUUGCAGGCAGUUGUUGAACCCUCCGUAGCAAGGCCUACGGAACCAACAACAGAUGGAAAGUUUCGUCAAGACUAUACCGUACUCUGGCCUUCUGAAUUAUUCUGGAGAGACCAUCAGCCAUGGCUUGCAGAGAGGGGAUACAUGCUCAGGCCUCGUUACCAUCCCGACUGGGUUGCAUCUUACAAGGACACGCCAGACUACCCAUGGGACAGCGAAGAUGGUGUAGUUCCGUUACAUAGCUUCCUCCUUGAUGCUACGCGCAUCUCCGAUGGAGAGGUUGUCAUUCUGAAGAAAGUAUUCCGUCAGCGUAAUCCAUACGAGAUUGAUAUGAACAGGUACUUCUCGAGUGAACCACUCAAAUCUCAUCCUCGCAAUCAUUGCAUUCAAAUUUACGAUGUCUUGGCUGUGCCCGAUGAUGAAGACAUAUUCAUCAUGGUCAUGCCUCUCUUGCGUCCUUGCGACGAUCCCCGAUUCGAAACCAUAGGGGAGGUCAUGGAGUUUCUCAGACAAGUGUUUGAGGGUAUGCAAUUCCUGCAUCAGUGUCGUGUUGCGCAUCGUGACUGUAUGGACCUCAACAUCAUGAUGGACCCCAAGCCUAUGUUUCCUGACUUGUAUCACCCUAUGUCGGACACUAUGAGUCGCGAAUUCACCGACGAGGCCAAGAAGCCUUACACUCGCACUGCGCGACCACCGAAGUACUACAUAAUCGACUUCGGCUUGUCUCUUCGGUUCUCCCCAGAUGAUACCAAUCCUCUCGCUGAUCCAGUGGAGGGUGGCGACAGGACUGUACCCGAGUUCCAGAACUCUGAUGAGCCUCGGAAUCCGUUCCCCACUGAUAUCUACUACCUGGGUAAUCUGAUUCGGGAGACCUUCUUAGAGAAAACCACGGGCCUUGAGUUCUUGAAGCCGCUCGUUGACGACAUGGUGCAAGAUGAUAUGACAAAACGGCCCACAAUCGAUGAAGUUGUAGAACGUUUGAGUAAAGUUCUCCGAUCACUACACUGGUGGAAUCUUCGUAAACGAUUGGUUGAGAAUAUUGAGGCAGAAGACGCGAUGAAGCGGUUUAGACGCAGAUGGCGACACUUUUUCCGCACAGUGGGAUAUACUCUAACGUUCAAAAGUCCUUUACCGGUACCACACUACUGAUCAUAUAUUGCAGUCAUAUAUACCCGGAUCAUCACUGAAUCUACAUACGCUUUCGUUGUUUGUCUCCGUCGUUGGAUGCCCGGAGGGUCUAGAUAGGGCGCUGCUACUAAUCGGAAUAAAUCCUUGCAUGUGUCCUGAAAACAUACGGUUGCUACGGGUUACGUAGACUGUGGUGCUGCUUUGUCUAACCUCAAGUUGUGCACGAUAUUUUUUUGCCU